AUGAAGAUCCUCAUCACCGGAGCUGGCGGGUUCUUGGGCCAAUUCCUGGCCCGGGAACUGCUCUCGAACCCGGAGCACAAAGUGAUCCUCACAGAUAUUGUCGACGUGCCGGUGCCCAAGGGAGCCAAACACCCGCAGAAUGCGACCACGGUCAAGACCGACCUGCUCAAAGACCGCAGUGUCAUCACCGCGGAUCUCGACGCGGCGUACCUCUUCCACGGCAUCAUGUCGGCGGGCGCCGAGGCAGACUACGACCUGGGUCUGAACGUGAACCUGGAGAGCACCAAGCAGCUUCUACAGACCAUCCGCCAGGUCAGGCCCGGGCUGCGGGUGAUUUAUGCGUCGAGCCAGGCCGUCUAUGGCCGGCCGCUGCCCGAGGUCAUCACCGAAGCCGUGCCGGCCACGCCUGAAGGCUCGUACGGAACGCAGAAGCUGAUGUGCGAGGUGCUGAUCAACGACAUGAACCGACGCGGCUUCAUUGACGCCUACAGCCUUCGCUUCCCCUCCGUGUCAGUGCGGCCGGGCAAGCCGGCCCCGGCGGCGUCGGCGUUCAUCUCAGGCAUCAUCCGCGAACCGCUGGCCGGCAAGGAGACGGUGGUGCCGGUGACGGACAGGAGCUUCCCCUCCAACGUGUGCUCGCCCAAGACGCUGAUCCACAACCUGAUUUACGCGCUGACGCUGCCUUCGGACGCGCUGCCCAAGCACAAGCGCGUGAUCAACGCCCCCGGCAUCGCCGUGACCAUCCAGGAGAUGCUCGAUGCGCUGGUCAAGGUCGGCGGCGAGGACAAACUCAAAUACGUCAAGGAGGAGCACGACGAAAACCUGGCCCGCAUUCUCUACUCGUGGGCCUACAAUUACGACAACUCGCUCGCCCUGAGUCUGGGAUUCAAGGCGCCCGAGAGCUUCGAGCAGGCCGUCAGAGAGUACGUCGAGUACGUGGAGGAGGAAAAGACGUGGUCCUGA